GAAGGUUAUUCCGGGAGGCUAAGAUCGCUUUGAAUCAAACAAACGUUUCUGUGACUUUUUGUUGUGUUACGUAAACUAGCUUGAUUGCAAUUAUGUCAUACAACGAGUCACAGAACGAUGAAGCAGCAAGAGAAAAGGCCAUAAAUGAUUGGCUUCCAGUCACUUCCUCGAGGAAUGCCAAAUGGUGGUACUCAACCUUCCACAAUGUCACUGCCAUGGUUGGUGCUGGUGUUCUUAGUCUCCCCUAUGCCAUGGCUCAACUUGGAUGGGGACCAGGUGUCGCCAUACUUGUUUUAUCAUGGGUGAUCACGCUAUACACUCUAUGGCAAAUGGUUGAAAUGCAUGAGAUGGUUCCUGGUAAGCGAUUUGAUAGAUACCAUGAGCUAGGACAACAUGCGUUUGGAGAGAAGUUGGGUCUCUGGAUUGUUGUGCCACAGCAACUAGUUGUACAAGUUGGAGUAAACAUAGUCUAUAUGGUUACCGGAGGAAAAUCAUUGAAGAAAUUCCAUGAUUUGGUUUGCUCCGACUGCAAAGACAUCAGGCUAACGUACUUCAUCAUGAUUUUCGCUUCGCUUCAGUUUGUUCUGGCUCAUCUUCCCAAUCUCAACUCCAUUAGUGUUAUCUCUCUGGCUGCAGCAGUCAUGUCCUUGAGUUACUCCACAAUUGCCUGGGGAGCCACGCUUAAUAAGGGUGUUCAGCCUGAUGUCGACUACAGCUAUAAAGCGAGCACUAAAACCGGAGCUGUCUUUGACUUUUUCUCUGCCUUGGGUGAUAUAGCUUUUGCAUAUGCCGGUCACAAUGUGAUCUUGGAGAUCCAAGCAACAAUUCCCUCUACUCCAGAGAAGCCUUCCAAGAAACCCAUGUGGAGAGGAGCCUUCCUUGCAUAUGUCGUCGUCGCCAUCUGCUACUUCCCAGUUGCCUUGAUUGGAUACUGGUUUUUUGGAAACAGCGUGGAAGACAACAUUCUUAUCUCACUCGAGAAACCAGCUUGGCUUAUUGCAACUGCUAACAUGUUUGUUGUCAUUCAUGUUAUUGGAAGCUAUCAGAUAUAUGCUAUAGCAGUGUUCGACAUGUUGGAAACUGCAUUGGUGAAGAAACUCCAUUUUUCUCCUUCUUUCAUGCUUCGCUUUGUUACUCGCACGGUAUAUGUUGGGUUCACAAUGAUUGUUGGUAUAUGUAUUCCAUUCUUCGGUGGCCUGCUUUCGUUCUUCGGAGGAUUUGCUUUUGCCCCAACAACAUACUUCCUCCCUUGCAUCAUGUGGCUUGCCAUCUAUAAACCCAAGAAGUUCAGCUUCUCUUGGAUAGCAAAUUGGGUCUGCAUUGUGCUUGGAAUUUUGCUGAUGAUAUUGUCACCCAUUGGUGCCCUAAGACAUAUCAUCCUUACAGCCAAAGACUACGAGUUCUUCUCAUGAGCAUCACACCAAAUGCGAGACAAGGGCAGACCAAGUGUAAAGAAAGGGUGUUGAUUGAGCUGCUGGUUAUGGCCUUUGAACUUAGCAGGAAACUCAAAUUUAAUUAACAGUUGUAGAGUUGAUGUUGUGUCCUCCUGUUUAUACAGCGCUUGGGGAGCUGGUUUGUUUUAUGUUAAGAUUUCUCUGUAUCAAACAACAAUAACAACUUCUCCAUCGUUGAUAACUUUCAUGGGGGUUUGCAUGAAAUUUUAGUUU